UUAAGGUAUAAAUAUUUACUAACACAAUCAUUUGUUCAGAUUUAAGUCGUUAAGCAUCCAAGCAAACAAGAAUGAUGGAACAUUGGAUCGUAUGCUUCAUCGCCGCUUCCGUUUUGUUAUCAGAUGGAAAAAGUCAAAUUAACGCCGGUGCCACCAACGAUCGAGAGGACAUUUUGUCGAAACAAGAAGAUGGAUGUCCUGUGAGGCAAAACUAUGAAGCUGUUCACUGCACCAGUAACUACACAGAACACGUCAAAUCAUCGAGGAAGAUACCAGAUGGAGUGACUUGUUACCUUAAAGGCCUCGACAUUGAACUGUCUGUCACUUGUCACAAAUAUCACGUAACUGAAGCGGUAGGAGGUCACUUAAACGUGCGACACAAACGUUUCUCCUGGGUUGUUGCUCCUGCACUAGGAUUGCCAAUAUUUUGUGGUUAUUUCUGCCGCUUAAUGAGGUAUUUGAGGUCCUACCUGAAAGAUGACCCACCACCUAACCAUCCCCCUUAUAUACGCACACCCGGGGUAUUAAAACAAAGUUCUCCUAUUUUUGCAAAAAGUGGGGAAACAUCUGCUGAGGUCUCGUGGACGGAGCCAGCCAUAUAUGACAACGAUGAAGGAAGAUUUUUACCUAUAACGGUCUCACCCAACAACGUACGCUCGGGCGGACGAUUUUCCGAGGGUGGACACACGAUUUUCUUCUCUGCAACAGAUAGUGGAGGACUCGCCGUUCAGACUAGCUUGUAUUUUGAAGUUAAAGUAAUUCGAUGUGGUUACGCACCUACAUUAAGCAAUGGCUAUUUGAGUUGUGGUUCAGGAGGCACACUUGGCUCCGUGUGUACAGUACUCUGUGAACAAGGCUAUUUGUCAUCACAAUCUGCGUCACUGGUUUGCUCAGAAACAGGAUCGUGGUCAGGAGGUCAACCUCGAUGUGACCCUGUUAAGUGUGGACCAACACCAAGAGUAAAACACGGUGAAGUCAGGUGCACUACUGGAAAUUCGGUCUAUGGAAGUUAUUGCCAACUCGUGUGUUUACCUGGAUAUUCUGCGAGCGGAAUCAGUCUUGUGAGUUGUAACAGUAAUGGACAGUGGAGCGAACCAUCAACGUGCGUCGACACGCAACCGCCGCAUUUUAUCAAUGGCGAGUGUCCAACCAAUAUUCAAGUACCGAUCGAUUCUCCCAACAAUACCGCCGCAGUUUUCUGGGACGUACCUAAGGGGACAGAUAACUCCAACGAGAAUGUUACCAUAAUGGAAAUGCACGGAUAUAGGCCAGGACAGCGUUUAAACGUUGGUGUAACGCGAGUGACGUAUACAAUAAAUGAUUCGUCAAAUAACGUCGGUGGAAAUUGUUCCUUUCUUGUACAAGUCCAAUCCAUAAGUUGCAAACCUCCAUAUAUUACAACACGUGGCCAAGAAAAUUUACGGUACGAUUGUCCCAACCUGUAUACGUAUGGAGCACAGUGCACUCUGUCCUGCAUAGGCGGAUAUCCGCUAGAGGGAGCCACUCAAAUCCGCUGUUUGAAAGAUAGGAACGAUAACAUUGACUGGCUGUGGAAUAAAGACGACAUGAAACCGUUCUGCAAAGAAACAAAUUGCACACAACUCCGAGAACCCAGAAAUGGCGCAAUGUCCUGCAGUGCAUGGACCUACGGACAGAUGUGUAUUAUGCAGUGCCAGAAAGGGUAUGACGUUCCUGCAAGCACCUACGGGGAAUUCGUAUGUGGGAAAUCAGAUGGAAAUUGGAGGCCGAACGAUCAUGUUCCUGACUGUUCUGCGACAGUCUACCCUCAUAAUAUGCAUCUUCCUUCUGACUUCUACUACUACACGGACAAAUGCAAUUCUUCAGCCGAAAAUUUAUUAGAAAUACAAGAAAACUUCGUUAUGGCCCUAAGCGCAUCAAGAUUUUUGGAAUACUGUCGUAAUAACCCAGAUUGCCAAGCAAAGUAUGUAAGGGUCUCAUGUGGACCAACUUCGUCGAGAAGGAAACGAGACAUCCAUAGAAACCCGAGACCGGAACGCUUCGCGUAUAUUGUUGAGUUUGAAAUAAUCUUACCCCUGAAUAUUGUUGAUGACGAAACCAAACAAGAAGCAAUUGCCAGAACUGAGGAAAAGUUGAGUGGAGUUUCAAGAAAUAUUAGGAGAGCAGCAAUGGAUGGCUUAUUCGAUAUACCCGGGCUGCGUGUGGAAAAUGAUUCUGUUGAAGUCGGUUUGCCAAUAAUACAAUGUCCAAAUGGAAUGGUACCACGACCGACUGAAAAUACGUGUGUGGGUUGUCCGGUUGGUCAGUUUAUGUCAAAUAUAACAGACAGAUGUGAAGUUUGCCCCAUUGGUGGUUAUCAAAAUAUGCCGAACAGCGUCGUCUGUAAAACCUGUCCGCUUGCCAGUAACACCACUUCCAACGCAUCGACUGGGAUCACACAAUGUAGAGCAUAUUGUCCUCCCGGUGAAUAUUCUCCUACCGGAUUGUCGCCUUGUGCAAAAUGUCCCAGCGACUCCUACCAAGAUUCUGCAAUGUCCAGGGGAUGCCAGUCAUGCCCAUCUGGGACACGUACACCUGCAGAAGGGGCGACAUCGAAAUCAAGUUGUAUAGCUUAUGAUGUUCAGAUUUCAAGUGCUUUGACGGUCGAGACAAACGCUACAGCUAGUGAACUUACCUUAACAACAUGGCUUUUACUCAGAAUAAAUCAGUCGCAACACUUUUCUGUGAUCACCUCGUCUGGUGCCCAUAGCCUUGUAUUAACUUUCGCACCAACGUUAUCGUUGCGCAUUUUAGGUCUUCCUAUCUGUCAAACUGGCAUCGCUGUUAAAGCUAUGAAGUGGACUUACCUGGCCCUGGUAAUUGACCACAACAAUGUGGCGGUCUUCAUAAACGGCAAUGAAGUAUGUAGAAAUGCAACGAACCUACCUACUAGAAAUAAUAUUGUGACUUCAACGGACUCCUUUCACUUUGCUGGAGAUGUCCAGUUGUCAAACACGAAAAUCGCCCUCCGAAGCUCAACUCGUGAAGAGAUCAAGCAAUGGUCAACAACAUGCGCAUCAUAUGCGACGGCAGAAUAUAACAUUGAUGCACUUGUGAAGACCACAGGGGCCCGAGUUAUAAUACCAUCGAUGUGUGACGCUAUAGACGAAUGCAUGAGCAAUCCGUGUGGUCCGUACGACUGUGUUAAUACCAUCGGAGAUUUUCACUGUCGCUGCAGCAAUGGUUACACCGGGCGUCAGUGUCAGUUUCCUCCGAAUUUCUGCACAGCAAAUGAAUGUGAGAACGGAGCUAGAUGUAUUAAUGGUGUGUCUAAUUAUACAUGUGCUUGCACCUACGGUUUCCAAGGACAGUUAUGUGAGAAAAAGGCUGUUGAUGGCAACUGGUCAUCUUGGGCGGAUUGGUCCGCUUGUUCGUCGACAUGUGGCGGUGGAUUUAAGAGGAGAUCCCGGUCGUGUGACAAUCCACCGCCUGAUCCAGAAGGGACAAUGUGCCCAGGAGAGUCUGUGACGACAGAAGUUUGCAAUAAUAAAACCUGUCCAGAAUGCAUACAACUACGGCGAUCACCUGGUGUCAUUGUGAACUGCAAUGAUACCGUUGAUAUACUUCGUUGCACCAUAUCGUGUACGCAAGGUUUGUACUUUGCAAUGCCUCAUCUACCGGUAUACGAGUGUGGUCUUGCAACAGGGUAUGUUUGGAAUCACCAAUCAGAAAAAAAUCCAACAGCAACCCUUCCGUCUUGUUCUGAAGUAGAACCACCUUCGAAUACGGAUCUUGGUUUCGUGGCCCACUACGACUUAACUUGCAGUGACAAGAACGUUCAGGCACUGAGGAAUCAAGUAGAUGUGAAAAUCAGAGAGCUAGGUUGUGUGCGAGAGAAUACAUGCACGAUAAAUGUGAAGUCUGAGGAAUGUAAUACUUCGACGCCUCAUGGCGUAACCAUAAAAAUCGAAAUGAAACCAAACAGCGAAGACGGUAUUCAUCAAUACAAUAAAACAUCGGACAGCGUAAAUACAUAUGUGGAACAUAUAAUUGAUCUCGACAAAGCAGCCCAGCACAUCGCAAACCAAUCACACGAUUUCUUCCAAGUGACCCUCGACGAAAAGCAAUACAAUGUCAAUCCCGGUGCUUCAGGCCUAGGCGUUGUAUCAUCCAUGAAUUGCCCAACAGGAUCAGUGAGACUCGAUAUGUUUUGCGCUCAAUGUCCUGUUGGAACAUAUUCGGACGGAGGAGCAAUCAUCUUGUGUCCUGUGGGGUAUUAUCAGGACGAGACCGGACAGACAGAAUGCAAGAAAUGUCCAGCUGGGCACACGACUUUUGGAAUAGGAUCUCUGAAAUUGGCUGAUUGCAUAAACGAUUACAACGUCCAUGCAGGCAAUAAGGAAACGUCAGAGAAGGAGUCAACUAAAUUCGUUGUUCAUGUAUACUCUGAAGGGAGUUCCGAUACAACGGCGAUUGCACUUGGUGUUUCCGGUGCAGUGUUACUGCUAAUUUUGUCCUCCAUUGUUUGCCUAUUUAUGUAUCGACGGAAGGCAAACGGAACACCUACUUUGGGCGAGGUCAGCUGUCAGCUGAUUUGCAGAUUCCGGAAUGGUCGCUCAUCAAAACCAAUAUAGAAAUUACGCGAUCGAAUCCACCAAAUACACUUUAGAUAUGCUGAUUAUUUCAGGUUUCUUCGUUGUUUUACACUCAAGCAAAGACGUGUUUCAUGGACAUACUGUGACCUAUAUGUAGGAAAAAAUAAAUAUAUUGUGAAUGUGUUAUACAUGGUAACCAUAGCAAGAUUUGUUUUCUAAUAUUAUGGUAAAUUACAUAACAUCUUGCUGUUUCUAAUGUGUAAUGUCGUUUGUGUAUAAUAAGAUGUGUCAAAUUUGUGCUAUGAUUUUAAAUAUAUACAAUAUCAUCAUA